GUAAUUUCAGGUACUUAUUAAGGCGGGACCCUCUCGUCCUCGGCGGCCCUGUCGAGCCUGUCUGCGAUUCCCCUGCUGGCCUACGCUAACCAAGGUGCACUAGAGUCUAAACAUCCCACCAGAUCCGACAGCAUCGCAUGAAUCUGACCAGCUGUCUUCAUAUGUUCCUGACUUUCCCUCCCGUUCGUUGUAAUAAUUUGUGAUCCGGUCCUGCUGCACUGCACUGCUCCUCUUCGUCGUCCUCCUCUUCCCUUUGAUCGUCCUGUUUGAGCUACCCAUGUCUUGUCUUCGCCGUCGUAGCAUCGCCAGAAUCAUACCCGUACUGCGUAGCUGACCGUGGGCUACCGCAUCUUUCGUUACCCCUGGACUAGCGAAACAAGCUUCAUUUUAAGUCGAACGGCUCAAAGAGUCAAAAGCCCACCCACCGCAUUUUAGAGUUUCUCCAACACAACAAAUCCCCCCAAACACCAUAGACAAAGAGGGAACGAACAGCUGGGAGUGACAGCCUAAUUGUGAGACGUAGCUUUUGCAGGGCGGCAAUCGCUUAGAGCUUGGUCUACGAGCUGCUCCUGCUCCGGUCCGUGGGCAGCAAACAGUGAGACGGACGGACUUACGGCAGUACCAGCUACCCACCCUUUCUUUCAACCCGACUCGAACACGUUGCGGCCAUGUCUGGCGUCAGAAACCUUCGCGCCAUGUUCGAGCAGAAGGGCGAUGGCUUGCCCGACAGAGGGAGAUCUCCAGGUCCCGGUGGUUUCGGAUCUGAUUCUCCUUCUGCAUCUCCCCGUCCUCUAUCAAAAGUCCGAACGUCUUUUGUUGCGGUUGAAAAAGACGGCAGAAUUGGCCUGAGAAGAGAACCUAGCGAAGACUCCGUGUCUGUGUCAAGCCGUCGAAAGUUCAGUAACGACACCGAUACAACCUCCGAGAGACCAGACAUAUUUUCAGACAAGAUGACGAGCACCGCUCCCCCUUUCAAGACAAACCUGUCCCACGAGGCCAUACCCGAGUCUCCAAGCCAGGACACUCCGGUCAAAUCUACGCCCAAGAAAGAUUUGAAAGGUCCGCCUGUAGAGCCCAACGCAAACCCAGACAAGGUCAUAGACGAGGAGGAGCCUAGAACGAAAAUGCUAGCUAGCAACCCGACAGAAUCGUCUGCAACCCGACUAGGUGGCACCGUCCUCAAUGAAGGGAUUGGUGAUGCCCUGAACGGUACUCCCUCGCCCACUACAAAAGCCAAAACUGCCGGUCCAACCAAGCCAGCUGCCAAAACAGUGGCACCUAUCUCCACAGCCAAAACCACCAUCAAAGCUACAAAGUCACCCUUGACGACCAAGGCUGCGAAUGGAAAAGAACCUAUCAAGCCUGCAAAUUCUUCAACGGCUACAAAGAAAGCCACUGCUACUACCACUGCCACAAAAACGGCGACAUCGAAGCCAGCUCCAAUCAACUUGGCCCCAUCCAGCACAGGCUUUGUGAAACCAAAAGUCAAGUCGCCUACUCGGCCUGUCAAACUGCCGUCCACCCUCACAACGCAUACUGCUUCAUCAGCCCAGAAGCAAGGCAAUGGCAGCACAGCACCUGGUGCUAGGCAAACAUUGUCAAGAGCCUCUGGUAACGCUCAGCAUUUGUCCGUAGAUCCUACCUCACACAGGUCACCCAGCCGAAAUAGUGUCUCGACCACAGGCACCACGACUAAGACUCUUAAACAUAAACCUUCAACAGUGGGCCGUUCGUCCCGUCCAAGCCUCGGUCCCCCACCCAAGCCAGAAGCCAAAACUCAGCCUGCUACGAAGAGAGAAAGCCAAGUAGACGAAGGCUUCCUGGCCCGUAUGAUGAGGCCUACGCAAAGCAGCGCUAAAAAGACCUCAGACAAGGCACCGCUGACCCCACCACGAAAACAGAAUCCUCCGGUCAAGAAGCCAGAUCCCAAGGAUACUGAGAAAAAUGCAAAGAAGGUUGCAGCCAAGAUCCAAGCGUCAUCAGCCAAGGCAAAGACGGCGAAGGAUGAUGUCAAGUCAGUAGCAGCCAAAGAGCAGCCCACAGCAAAGGACAUUGUGCCAGCUGUUGCUAAGGCCGAGACUGCGGAAGCAGCUAUCGAGAGCGCGAAACUGUCGACUGAGACCGCCGAAGCCCCUCUCGUUCAGGACGAGAAGACAGAGGUCGAGCCUACUGCCAAAGAGGUUGGUGCUGUUGUCGCACAAGAAGAAACCGCAGAGGCUAUCAUCGAGACUGCAAAGACUUCUGAAGAGACUGCUUCUACUACCAAUGUUCCCUCCACCGAAGAAUCUAAAGUUGUAACUGAACCAGUUGUUGAAGAGGAAGCUGUACCUGAAUCAAUUGUCGAGGAGGACGCUGUUCCUGAACCAAUUGUUGAAGAGGAAGCUGUGCUUGAAUCAAAUAUCGAGGAGGAAAUUACAUCUGAACCAAGAGCUGAAGUUGAAGUUGUGCCUGAGCCAGAUGCUGAAGUAGAUGUAACCAAACCUGUUGGAGUUAUCAGCGAGGAUCCACUGAAAGUUGAGGACAUUGAGGAUACGGUUCGAGAAGCUCAAGACCCCAUUCACCAAGCUGAGUCCACGAAUGCAACAGCUGAAGCCUCUCAACCAGAAGAUGUUCCUGAAACGAAUGGAUCUGUUGCCAUCUCAACAGAAGAGGCGAAAGAAGAGUCGAAGGCUGAUGCUCAAGAGGCGAAAGAAGAGCCCUUGAAGGUAGAUGAAACAUCCGUUGAUGUCGAAAAGACAGCUAGUGAGCAGGUGAAGACAGAGAACCCAACGACUGCUAACGUCCCCCUGGACACGAAGAUGAACGGGGUUGAAGAAACAGCCGCCAAAGACUUGGUGGAUGCAACUCCUUAGGCACGAGAACCCCCGUUUGCCUGUCAGUUUCGAAAGAAAGUUUACCGUCGGAAAAUACUAUUUCGAUUUGGUUGUACCCCUUCCCCGUUACCAAGUUGGUGAGAAAAGGGUUUUUCUUCCUCGGCGAGAGAUUUAUUUUGAUACCCGCUACUGUCUCGUCCUUUUACUUCUUGCAAAGCAGCAAAUUUGCAUUUGCUCCUUUCGGACACUUUGAAAUAGGGUCUUGUGGAAAGCCCUCCUUGUCCUCUCUUUUUUUCCCCGGGCGUUGCUUAGACUCCCUUAUUCUUUUCAUUAUCACUGGUCGUUGUAGGAGUAGCUCGUUUGUUUGUUUUGGAAGUAGCAGUAGGCGUUAGCUGUAAAAGUAGAUAAAUAGGAGGCCGAGCUGAGUGAUAACUGCAGGCCCCAGGACUACUUCAGUUCGCAGCAGUUAGCUGCACCGAGACUUUAUUGAGAAGGAUUGGAAGAGCAGCAUGGACAGAAGAGACAUAGGCAUUGCAUGUAGAACUUAGCGAGAAUGAAUACCAAACCUCUUUACAUU